AUGGGACUUCUUACUCGCCUGAAGCACAUUCUCAUACCGCGCCAGCCACUAUCAUCUGCAUCAUCCUACACACCAGCUUUCGAAGAUCUCUCACCGGCUGUCGACCCAGAGAUGGUGGCGCUUCCAGGUCUAGCAAGGCUUCCGCCGGAACUGCUUCUCCAGAUCAUACAGUAUCUAGCCGUCGAGUCAGCUACCGCAGUCGCCCUGAUAUCGAAAUAUCACUACGAGGCUUUAAAACCGUGGGCUCUUCCUGGUCUCAGUGACGCGGCUGGCAAGAAGCGCUUUCUUCAUCUCCUUGAGGUGGACCUGCCAGAGUAUAUCGCUUGCCCCUGCUGCGAUGUACUCUAUCGAUGGAAGGCGUGUGCGCAACAGUAUUGAUGUCCUCGACGAUAUGACCGUGGAUUGUCGGCCGAACACACAAUCGGGGAAGAGUACUGCCCUCAGCGUCAUCCCUCCGACCUACCCCUCGGGACUGUCGCUGCCUUUCUGAGGGGAUACGGGCGAGGCCCAGCCUACGGCCCACAACUUGAGGACCUUCGUCAUAAAUGCGAUGCCGCAGACCCACUGCAGUGCCCGCGCCGCACCCCGGAUUUGUCGAGGGAGACGGCGGCACGGGUUGUCAGUGGCAAACUAUUCCUUCGAACAUCCUACAGUCUGCAAAUAUGCUCGCCUUUGCAACAAUCUUUGGUGGCAGCCCAGCUCGACCAGCUGAGAUCCAUCGGCUGCAGCCAUUCCGCUAGCAGUCUUCCCGCUCUCGUCAUGAACGCCAUCGGCCACUACCACCACUUCGGCACCAUCUCCACAGCCAUGGCACCACGAUGUUUCGAUUAUAUCAAUUGCGCGGAAUGUGCGACCAAUCUGCGUGUUGCAGUCGUAUCUUCAGAUAGAAAAAGUGAUCAGACAGUAGCGCAAAUAACAACGUGGCAAUGCUUCGGAGGGCGUGACCUCGAU